AUGGUUAAUAUGUUGAUAAGGACUAAUCGUGCGUGUAAAUAUAGAUUAGCUAUUUUUAUCAGAGUGCUAUUCUUUUUCGGUAUACCGAUACUUUAUCUUGCAUCUAACAACCAUGUUGAAGAAGACAAAGUUCUUGAUGAUUUUUAUAUAGAUGAUGAUAUAGCGUUCAGCCCUCGACAUUUGCUCGGUAUAAUAGAAAAUCAGGUUAACAACUGUACACCGGCUGCUAUUUUGGAGUUUCCUUCUGAUGGGCUCACCAGGUUACAGAGAAAACAUGGCUUUAUUCUAAUUCAUUGCAUACUGGCCGUGUAUUGCUUCCUCCUGUUGGGCACCGUCUGUGAACAUUACUUCGUGCCAGCCAUAGAGAUAAUAUGUGAGCGUUUGAAUAUGGAGGCGGAUAUAGCUGGAGCUACAUUUAUGGCUGCAGCGAGUUCGAGUCCUGAGCUGUUUAUCAACUGUAUCGGCACUUUUGUGACUGAAGGUGAUUUAGGUGUCGGGGCUAUCGUUGGGUCGGCGGUGUUCAACGUCCUCGCAGUGCCAGCUUGCUGUGCCCUGGUUGCCGGAAGGGUGAUAGAACUGGACUGGUGGUCGGUAUCUAGAGACUGUAUGAUGUAUGCUGUGGCUGUGGUUGCCCUUAUCUUGAGCCUCUUGGAUGAUAAAAUAUAUUGGUACGAAGCUUUACUCCUGGUGCUAAUGUAUACUUUUUAUAUUUUAGCAAUGGUGUAUAAUGGACGCAUUGGGGAUUUUGCCAAAAGUGGAUGUUGUUACAUUAAAAAAAAGAAGACUUAUACUGAAAUAACUCCUUUGCUUUCUAAAGAAAAAAGGAGUGCUUUAGAGGUUUCCCAUCAAUUGGCUCACUCCAAUCACAAUAUUAAUAUUUUAGAACAAGGAGUAGUUAUAACUAAGAGACAUGCCUCUACUGAUUCUGAAUCCAGUACAAGUUCGUUGUGGUCUUGGCCUGAUGAGAAAACUUCUGGAAUGCAAAAGUUAUUUUGGAUAGUAACGUGGCCCAUGGGCUUGUUGCUUUGGGUAACAAUACCCGACUGCCGCAAGCACCAACGUCUCUAUCCGCUUACCUUCAUAAUGUGCGUUACAUGGAUAGGGGGAGUCUCUUAUUUAGUUGCUUGGAUCAUCACUAUUGUCGGUGAUACACUUAAUGUUCCCGAUAGUAUAACUGGCUUGACUAUAUUAGCAGCCGGUACAAGUUUGCCGGAAGCGGUCUCCAGCGUCCUAGUUACAAAUCAAGGUCAUGGUACAAUGGGCAUCAGUAACUCAAUAGGAUCUAACACAUUUGACAUUUUGCUUUGCCUGGGAUUGCCGUGGCUUAUCAAGGCUUUAUUCUACCCGUCAUUUCCCAACAACCACUGGGUGAAAAUCAACUCAAGUGGACUAUCGUAUAGUGCAAUAUCCCUUCUAUCAACAUUAUUAGCAUUGUACGGCGCAUUAGCUCUGAACAAAUUUCAACUAGACUGGAAAGUUGGAACUAUAUGCGCUUUGGUGUACGUUGGAUUUCUGUUAAUGGCCAGUCUGAUAGAAUUAAACAUUUUGUUUGUUGUAAACUUACCAAUAUGUCCACAUACA